UUUUUUGGCGUCGUGCUUGUCCGCGGGAGCACGGCCGGCAGAGACAGGGCCUUCAGGGGGCCGCGGUGAGGGGCGUUUUUCCGCGUGGCCGAGCGGUGCGGAGUCCGCCGCCUCGCCGCCGGCGGUUGCUGGGGUGUGGUCGCGAGUGCCGGUCAUUUUGGCGGCGAGGACGAGAAAGAAUUGGAAGCCGCUGCGCGACGCAGGUGUACAUAAUUGCGAAAAAAAUCGGCCUCUCGGCGGAGCCGGCGCGGUUGGAGGCCGCUUCGGCGGGUGGGCGGGGCGCGGCCCGCGCCGUUUCUCGGAGCGCGUUUGAAGCGCGUGCCGGCGUUUGGUUCCCCGGACCGCCGCCGCGGGGCUCGGACGGCUUCGAGCCCUCUGAUCGGGCGCACGGGGCGGUCUUCAUCCGUUGGUCGUUUGAAAAAAAUGGCAAAUUCUACUUUUGUACAUGCCGGGUGGCUAAAAUCAUUUUUUUUUGACAGUUGUGCAAGAUGCCACGAACCGCGCGCUGCGUACAUUCUUUCAUUUUCAAUGUUACGCUCUGCCCGCGAUCUAUGACCGAAUGUGUUAUGCGCGCGGCUCGAAAAUGGAUCCCUCUCUCGAAAUACGGCACGUGAAUGCCGUCAACGUCAUCAAGCUGGGCGAGCGACACGGCAAGACGAUUGAGGAGCUCAAGCGGGUGAUGGGCUCCAAGUACGGCCCCGAUCUUCACGAGGCGCUGCUGCGCAAUGAUUCUCUAGAAUUCAUCGAAUCCGAACAGAAGUUCGUGUUUAAGUCGAAGGUGAUGCUCGCGAGCCGAGAGGACCUCGAGAGGAGGCUCGCGGAGGGUCCCGUGGUCAUCAACGGCGAGGACGUCAAGGCGUCGUACGACGCGUUGGUCGACGACAUCGAGGAGAUGAGGUUGGCCCAGAAGAUCGUGGUGAUUUCGUCCAACAGGCCGAGCAAGGACGCGCUGAGGGGCGGCAGGGCGAGGGGCAGGGGCGAGGGUUGCGAGGUUGGGUCAGAGGGCAGGAGCGUUUUGUACAAGAAUCCGUUUGAGGACAUCGACCCGGGUUCGUUCGCGAGGGACGAGGAGAUAGUUCAGUGGUACCACACGGUGAAGCCCGCGCCGGCCUAUAGCGACGUGGAGGCGGUGCUGAGGAGCGCGAACAUCGGCUCGAUGAAGCUGGACUGCGACGCGCCUCCGGAGACGCAGCCGCCGUUCAAGAAGAAGAAGAUGAGCACGCGGUGCAACGGGAGUCGCCGCAUCAAGAGUCGCGGGCUGAUGGACGUGGCGGCGGAGGUGCGCGCGUUUAUGGACAGCGGGAUAGACAUUUCGAAGGCGGUGAUAGAGGAGAAGGUGUCGGAGGAGCAGGUGGACAAGGAGGAGGCGGAGAGGUUGAAGAAGCGCUACUUGUACUACGACAAGGAGGCGAACCCGAAGGAGUACGAGAUGGUGAGGCAGGCGGUGUUUUGGAUAUGCAGGUUGUUUUACGACAACUUGACGAUGUUGGUGCUGGCGUUGUUUUUGGAGCAGAAGAUAUACAAGGAGCCGGAUUUGGUGAGCCUGUUGUCCCUUAGUCGCGAGCAAGUUAAUAAAGCGCUGGUAAGGCUGGAGUGGCAUCAGCUGUUGAAUCGGAGCUCGACCGAGCUGCGAGGGAGCGGUAGCGAGGAUGGGAAGGGUUUGAAGAAGUCGUCGAUAUGGCUGAUUGACUUGAAUCGUUUUUUUGAUUUUAUUAAUUACCGUUUGGUGAUGUACAAAAAGUCGUUGAGGGACCACAUUACGAAGUUGAAGAUGCAGGUGCUGCGAUGCGGUCGGUGCGACGUGAUCUACGAGCAGCUGGAGAUAGGGAUGUUGGAGCAGAUGUCGGACUUCACGUAUCAUUGCAACAACUGUCGUUCGGCGCUGGAGCACGUGGACAACCAGGAGGUGAUUCGGUCGAAGGAGGAUUUGAUGAGGAGGUGCGAGGAGUUGUUUCGGCCGCUGAACGUGCUGUUGGCGCACUUGGGGAGGAGGGAGGUGGGGCCGGAGCCGGACGCGUCGCAGGCGUCGUCGUUCUCGCAGAUGAAGAGGAAGUCGAGGGCGCAGCAGGGCGGCGGGGCCGGGAGGGCGGGUGAGGGGGUGCAGGAGGUCGGGGAGGGUGCGCACCACGGCGGCGCGCACUUCGCGAUGGGUCGACACGCGCGGUUCAGGAUGUCGGCGGGCGGUCGUCUGGGACAGGCGUUGGACCGCGUGAAGUCGUCGGCGGCGAGGUCGGAGCAGAGGGCGCAGUCGGCGGCGUCGACGAGCGCGUCGGAGGAGAGGCGGGCGCAGCAGCAGGAGAAGAGGAGGGCGAUGUUGGAGCAGGCCAAGAGCGUGGAGUUCAACGCGACGCCGGUCUCGUUUGGCAGACACGGUCGCGUGUUGAUUCCGAUUAUCGAGGAGGUGGAGUUGUGGGAGCGCGAGCACGCGUGCCAGCUGGCGAAGUACAUACUGGACAACAUCGCGGAGUUCGAGAAGAUGAAGGACAACUGCUACGUGUACAGGCUGACGAGGCACUCUCUUUUCGUGGGCUUCAAGAGAGGAAUUCGCCCGGUGGAGGUGGCGAGAAUUUUGAGCACGCUCUCGAGCGAGCCGAUUCCGGCGUACUUGUUUUGCCUGAUCAUGAACCGGGAGGCUUACACGUCGCUGUACCAGGCGCACAUCAAGCUGAAGAGCGGGAAGUAUUUGGUGGAGACGAAGUCGCUGGCGGCGAUGAAGAAGCUGCAGAGUCUGCAGCGCGUCGCGGAGCUGGUGCCGAAUCCCGGGUGUUACGCGGAGGAGGCGAGUCCCGGCGGCACGAAGAGCUACUGGUUCGAGAUUGGGGAGAAGCCGCUGUCGUUGGAGACGAUCAGGAAGGAGGCGUUUCAACACGGCGUGCCGAUUAUAGACGAGUACAACUUUUUCGAAAAUUCCGGCGCGGACGAGGGAAACGAAAUGCGGGUUUCCCUGAAGAGCGCGGUUUCGAUUCGCGACUACCAGUUGAUUUCCUGCUCGAAGCUGUUCUGGGACUCGUACAAGGUGCACUCCGGCGUGCUGGUGCUGCCGUGCGGGGCGGGGAAGACGCUGAUUGGCGUGGUCUGCUUCGCGAUCCUGCAGAAGCCCUGCAUCGUUUUUUGCCAGAGCUCGCUGGCGGUGACUCAGUGGAAGGAGAUGAUGAGCAAGUGGACGACGAUCGAGUCCAGUUUCCGCGGCCACGCGAUUUCGCGGUUCACGGCGUCCAACCGCCAGGAGUGGAGCUCCGAGGCGCCCGUGAUCAUCACGACCUACGCGAUGUUCAGCAACACGUUCAACCGGCAGGAGAAGGUGCGGAGGAUCAUGGACAGAAUUUUCAAGCGCGAGUGGGGUUUGAUGAUUUUGGACGAAGUGCACCAGGCCCCGGCGACCGUUUUUCGAGAGGUCACCAACGGGUUCAAAUGCCACGUCAAGCUGGGUCUGACGGCCACUUUGGUUCGAGAGGACGAGAAGCUGCAGGACCUGGUCUACCUGGUCGGCCCGAAGCUCUACGAGCUGGAUAUUUUCACUUUGAAGCUUCGCGGCCACCUCGCGCCGGUCAAGUGCUUCGAGAUUCGGUGUCCGUUCACCGACUACUUCCGGAGCAUCUACGAGCACUCUUGCGACCAGACCCACUCGAAGGAGCAGCGAAAGCUGCUGUUCGUGACCAACAUCAACAAGACUCGCGUCUGCAUGACGCUGAUCAGGCAGCACUUGACCGAGAAGCGGAAGAUCAUGAUUUUUUGUGACGACCUGUUCGGCCUUGAAUGGUACCACGAACUGCUUCGAAAGGACAAGAUCGACGGCGCCACGCCGGAGUUCCAGCGAGAGACCAUUCUGAAGCGGUUCAGGUCGACCGACGGCGGCGACUGCGUGCUGUUCUCGAAGGUGGGCGACAUGAGCAUUGACCUCCCGGAGGCCGAGGUGAUUAUUCAGAUCGCCGUCAUCGUCGGGUCCAGAAUGCAGGAGGGCCAGCGCAUUGGGAGAGUCCAGCGUCCCCAGCCCCAAAAGAAGUGCGCCUACUUUUAUUCGCUCGUGACCAAGAGCACGGAAGAGGAGCGAUACGCCGAAAACAGGAGAAAGUACCUGAUCGACCACGGGUACUCUGUUCGCGUGGAAGACGACAUCACUCCCUAUUUGACCGAGGACACCGAGAAGUUCUAUCUGUGCCAGGAGCGACUGAUCGAUGCGGUUCGCGUCGAGUUGAACAAGAGAGAGAGCAUGUCCAAGACAAAAAAAAAAGUGCUUACUUGAAAAAAAAAAAAAAAAAAAAA